AUGGUUACUCUGGUCCCCGGGGUGUGACCCCAGCCUUAGCACCAGGUCUGGUCACAGGUACAUCCUUCCUGAGUGUGUGUGUCACCUGGCUGUGUGUGUGUGUGACCUGGCUGAGUGUGUGUGUGUGUCACCUGGGCUCUGCGUGCAUGUGUGCUGCAUGUGUGUGUGUCACAUGGGCCCUCCCUUAGGUCAUAACCUGCUGCUGGCAUGGGAGCAGGUACAGGGUGGGGGAGAAUGGGGGAUGGUUGGGGAAGGAUGGGGGAGGGUUGGGGCAGCGGUUGGAGAACAGAGGGAGAGAGAGAUAAGGAGAGAAAGUGGAUGGGAAAGGUGUCCUUAGCUAGUAGCCAGGGAGCAGGCCAACACUGAGGUAAUGGUGUGUGUGUGUGUAUUGGACACUGCAUCAUUUCCUACCCAGAAGUUUUCUGACAGGAUGUCCAAACCAAUGAUGACUUUUGCCCAUAAUCACCCCUCCCUAGUCCCCUCUCCCAUAGAAAUAGAAUAGGUAGAAUGGUCACUGUUUUUUAAAUCCUAAUUUGUCACUGUCCACGCACUAGUCUAUAAGGAUUUUCAAUGUUCUGAGAGAUGAUAUGAUAAACAUCAAUGAAUCCAAAUGGUCCAUCACCCAAGCCACAAACACCCUGCUUGCACUCUGGGAGGUCUCAAUGGUUCAAUAGCACUGACUGAUGCGGGCUACCACUGUGUGUGUGUGUGUGUGUGUGUUAAUGGGGGUGGAUUGUAAACACCAUAGGUAAAAUAGUGGAGUGAAGAACGCUCAGAUAGACUGAGGGAUGUCUCACUCGCCUUCUCUAAUUUGGUGUGUGUGUGCGUGUGUGUGUCUUGGCACUGCUCUCCACAUCCACACCUCCCCUCACCUCCCCUCACCUCCCCACCUCUUCUUCACCGCUCCUUUAUGCUGUCAUCCAUUGUUCUACACUUUCUUCUAUACACCUUCUUUAUCUAAAACCUCCUGACCUUCCAUGCUCUUUUCCUCUUCCAUCCUAGAAUUCCAUCCUCCCUUUCUCUUCAUCCUGUAUCUGUAUUCUCUCUUGUUUCCUAAUGUGUUCUUCUGAACGUGUCUAUGGUUUGUCUAAGACCCACCUAUCUAUUUAUUCAAUGCCCAACCUCUCAUGUUCUCUGUCCUCCCUCACCUCAGAUCACACAGACAUGCCAAACCCCGGGGGGGGUUUGGGGGGGGGUUUUUUUGGGGGUUUUUUGGGGGGGGAAAAAUUGGGGGUUGGGGGGGGGGAAAGGGGGGGGGGGGGGGGGGGGAAAAGGGGGGGAGGGGGGGAAAAAAAAAAGGGGGGGGGGUUUUAAAGGGGGGGGGGGGGGCCCAUUUUGGGGGGGGGGGGGGGGGGUUUUUUAAAAAAGGCCCCUUUUCCCCCAAAAAGGUUUUCCCCCCAAACCCCCCCAAUUUUUUUAAAAAAAAUUGGGGAAAUUUUUAAAAAAAAGGGGCCCCCUUUUUAAAAAUUUUCUUUUUAAAGGAUAUAAAAAAAGGGAAAAAGGGAAAAAAACCCCAAAAAAAAACCCCCCGGGGAAAACCAAUUUUUUGCAUUUGGGAGGGGGGGGAGGGGGGGUUUUAAAGGGGGGGGUUUUUUUUAAAAAAAGGGGUGGAUUGAAAAAAAGGGGGGGGGGGAAAACCCCCCAAAUUUGGGGGGGGGUUUUCUUUUUUUUUUUCCCCCCCCCUUUUUUUUUCCCCCCCCCUUCCCCCCCCUUUUUUCCCCCUUUUUCCACUUUUUAUUUUUUUUUUUCCCUUUUCCUUUUUUUUUUUUCCCCCCCCCCUUUUUUCCCCCCUUUUUUUUUCCCCUUUUUUUUCCCCCUUUUUUCAUUGUUUUUUCCCCCCCUUUUUUUUGGCCCCCUUUUUUUUUUUAAAACCCCCAUUUUUCCCCCCCAAAAACCCCCCCCCACCCCCCCCCCCAACCACCCCCCAAAACCACAAAAACACACACAAAAAAAAACAAACACAAACCCCCCCCAAACCCCCUUUCCCCCCCCCUUCCCCCCUUUUUUUUUCCCCCCCCCUUUUUUUCCCCUUAAAAAAAACCCCCCAAAAAAAAAAUUUUUUUCCCCCCCCUUUUUUAAAAAUUUUUUUUUUCCCCCCAAAUUUUUACCCCCCUUUUUUUCCCCCCCCCCCCCCCCCCCCUUCCCCCGGGGGGGCCCCCCUUAAAAAAAAAUUCCCCCCCAAAAAAAAAUUUGAAAAGGGGGGGAAGCGGGGGGCGGGGGGGGAGAGAGGGGAGGGGGGGGGGGGGGGGGAAAAAGGGGGGAAAGGGGGCUUUUCCUUUUUUUAAAAACCCCCAAAAAACAAAAAAAAAACCCUUAAAACCGCCCCAAACCCCCCCCCCCCUUUUUUUUGGGUUUUUUUUUCCCCCUUUUUUGGGGGGUUUUUGGGGGGGGGAAAAAAAAAAAAGGGGGGGAAAAAGGGAAAGAGAGGGGGGGGGAGGGGGGGAGGGGGGGGAAAAGGGAGAGGAAAGAGGGGGGGGGGAAAAAAAAAGGGGGGGAGAGGGGGGGAGGGGGAAAAUUUUUAAAAGAGAGGGGAGAGGGGAGAGGGGGGGGGGGGGAAAAAAAAAAGGGGGGAGGGGAGGGGGCCCCAAAGGGAAACCCCGGGGGGGGGGGGAAAGGGGAAGGGGGAACCCCGGGGGGGGGGGGGGCCCCGGGGGGGGGGGGGAAGAAGGGGGUUGGGGGGGGGGGAGAAAAAAGGGGGGGGGGGGGAAGGGGGAGGGGAGGGGGAGAAAGAGAGGGGGGGGGGGGAAAGGGGGGGGGAGAGGGGGGGGGGGAGAAAAAAAGGGGGGGAGAGAAGAGAGAGAGAGAGGGGGGGGGGGGAAAAAAAAAGGGAAAAAAAAGGGGAAAAAAAAAAGGGGGGGGGGGGGGUUUUUGGGGGGGGAAAGGUUUGGGGGGGGGGGGGGGGGGAAAAAAGGAGAAAAAAAAAAAAAAAAAAAAAAAUUUUUUUUUUUAAAAAAAAAUUUUUUUUUUUUUUUCCCCCCCCCCCUUCUUCCCCCCCCCCCCCUUUUUUUCUCUCCCCCCUCCCUCCCCCCCCCCCCCCCCUUUUUUCUCUUUGUUUUCUUUUGUUUUUUUUUUUUUUUUUUUUUUUUUUAAAUUUUGGGGCCCCCCAAACCCCCAAAAUUUUUUUUUCCCCCCCCCCCCAAAAAAAAUUUUUAAAAAAAUUUUUGGUUUUUUUAAAUUUUUUAAAAUUUAAAAGGGACCCAAAACCCCCCCCAACCCCUUUUUUGGGGGGCCCCCCCUUUUUAAAUUUAAAAAGGGGGAAAAAAAAACCCCCCCCCCCCUUUUUUUGGGGGGGGGAAAAAAGGGGGGGUUUUUUUUUUUUUAAAAAAAAAAAAUUUUUUUUUUUAAAAAUUUAAAAAAAAAGGGGGAAAAGAAAAAAAAAAUAAAAAAAAACCCCUUAAAAAAAAAAAAAAAAAUUUAAUAAAAAAUUAAAAAAAAAAGGGGGGAAAAAACCCUUUUCUUAUUUUUUUUUUUACUAUUUUUUACAUUGUAGAAUAAUAGUGAAGACAUCAAAACAAUGAAAUAACACAUAUGGAAUCAUGUAGUAAACAAAAAACUGUUAAACAAAUCAAAAUAUAUGUUAUAUUUGAGAUUCUUCAAAUAGCCACCCUUUACCUUGAUGACAGCUUUUCACACUCUUGGCAUUCUCUCAACCAGCUUCACCUGGAACGCUUUUCCAACAGUCUUGAAGGAGUUCCACAUAUGCUGAGCACUUGUUGGCUGCUUUUCCUUCACUCUGCGGUCAGACCCAUCCCAAACCCUCUCAAUUGGGUUGAGGUUGGGGGAUUGUGAUGGUUGUGGGGCAGCAGGUAGCUUAGUGGUUAAGAGCGUUGUGCUAGUAACUGAAAGGUCGCUGGUUCUAAUCCCCGAGCCGACUAGGUGAAAAAUCUGUCGAUGUGCCCUUGAGCAAGGCACUUAACCCUAAUUGCUCCUGUAAGUCGCUCUGGAUAAGAGCGUCUGCUAAAUGACUAAAAUGUAAAAUUGGGCUUUGUCUUUUACCAAAUAGGGCUAUCUUCUGUGUACCAACCCUACCUUGUCACAACACAACUGAUUGGCUCAAACGCAUUAAGAUGGAAAGAAAUUCCACAAAUUAACUUUUAACAAGGCACACCUGUUAAUUGAAAUGCAUUCCAGGUGACUACCUCAUGAAGCUGGUUGAGAGAAUGCCAAGAGUGUGCAAAGCUGUCAUCAAGGCAAAGGGUGGCUAUUUGAAGAAUCUCAAAUAUAAAAUAUAUUUUGAUUUGUUUAACACUUUUUUGGUUAUUACAUGAUUCCAUAUGUGUUAUUUCAUAGUUUUGAUGUCUUCACUAUUAUUCUACAAUGUAGAAAAUAGUAUAAAUGAAGAAAAAACAUGGAAUGAGUAGGUGUGUCCAAACCUUUGACUGGUACUGUAUAUACACACACUGAGUGUACAAAACAUUAGCAACACCUUCCUAAUAUUGAGUUGCACCUCAUUUUGCCCUCAGAACAGCCUCAAUUCGUCGGGGCAUGGACUUCAAGGAGUCGAAAGCGUUCCACUGGGAUGCUGGCCCAUGUUGACUCAAAUGCUUCCCACAGUUGUGUCAAGUUGGUUGGAUGUCCUUUGGCUGGUGGACCAUUCUUAACCCGUGGGAAUCUGUUGAGCGUGAGAAACCCAGCAGCGUUGCAAUCAAUCAAUCAAUCAGAUUUUAUUUAUAAAGCCCUUUUUACAUCUGCAGAUGUCACAAAGUGCUAUACAGAAACCCAGCAUAAAACCCCAAACAGCAAGCAAUGCAGAUGUAGAAGCACGGUGGCUAGGAAAAACUCCCUAGAAAGGCAGAAACCUAGGAAGAAACCUAGAGAGGAACCAGGCUCUGAGGGGUGGCCAGUUCCCUUCUGGCUGUGCCGGGUGGAGAUUAUAACAGUACAUGGCCAUUAAGGUCAGAUUUUUCUCCAAGAAGUUCAAACGUUCAUAGACGACCAGCAGGGUCAAAUAAUAAUCACAGUGGUUGUAGAGGUUGCAACAGGUCAGUACAUCAGGAGUAAAUGUCACUUGGCUUUUCAUAGCCGGGCAUUAAGAGGUUCAAAUAGCAGGUGUGGUAGAGAGAGAGAGUUGAAAACAGCAGGUCUGGGACAAGGUAGCACUUCCGGUGAACAGGUCAGGGUUCCAUAGCCGCAGGCAGAAGAGUGGAAACUGGAGUAGCAGCAUGACCAGGUGGACUGGGGACAGCAAGGAGUCAUCAGGCCAGGUAUUCCUGAGGCAUGGUCCUAUGGCUCAGGUCCUCCGGGAUGGGAGGGAGAGAGAGAGAUAAUUAGAGGGAGCAUACUUAAAUUCACACAGACACCGGAUAAGACAGGAGAAUAACACCAGAUAUAACAGACUGACCCUAGCCCCCCGGCACAUAGACUAUUGCAGCAUAGAUACUGAGACAGGGGGGGUCGGGAGACACUGUGGCCCCAUUCGACGAUAACCCCAGACAGGGCCAACCAGGCAGGAUAUAACCCCACCCACUUUGCCAAAGCACAGCCCCCACACCACCAGAGGGAUGUAAACAGACCACCAACCUACUACCCUGAGACAAGGUUGAGUACAGCCCACGAAGAUCUCCUCCACUGCACGAUCCCGAGGGAGCGACAAACCGGACAGGAAGAUCACGUCAGUGACUCAACCCACUCAAGUGAUGCACCCCUCCUAGGGACGACAUGGAAAACACCAGUAAGCCAGUGACUCAGCCCCCGUAAUAGGGUCAGAGGCAGAGAAUCCCAAUGGAGAGACAGGAACCGGCCAAGCAGAGACAGCAAGGGCGGUUUGUCGCUCCAGUGCCUUUCCGUUCACCUUCGCAUCCCUGGGCCAGACUACACUCAAUCAUAGGACCUACUGAAGAGAUUAGUCUUCAGUAAAGAUUGAAAGGUCGAUUCCAUAAAAAUUGAGCUCUAUAGGAGAAAGCCCUGCCUCCAGCUGUUUGCUUAGAAAUUCUAGUGACAAUAAGAAGGCCUGCGUCUUGUGACUGUAGUGUACGUGUAGGUAUGUACGGCAGGACCAAAUCGGAGAGAUAGGUAGGAGCAAGCCCAUGUAAUGCUUUGUAGGUUAGCAGUAAAACCUUAAUCAGCCCUAGCCUUAACAGGAAGGCAGUGUAGAGAGGCUAGCACUGGAGUAAUAUGAUCAAAUGUUUUGGUUCUAGUCAAGAUUCUAGCAGCCGUGUUUAGCACUAACUUAAGUUUAUUUAGUGCUGUUCCGGGUAGCCGGAGAGUAGAGCAUUGCAGUAGUCUAAUCUAGAAGUGACAAAAGCAUGGAUUAGCUUUUCUGCAAAAUUUUUGGACAAAAUGUUUCAGAUUUUUGCAAUGUUACGAAGAUGGAAAAAAGCUGUCCUUUAAAUAUUCUUGAUAUGUUCGUCAAAAGAGAGAUCAGGGUCCAGAGUAACGCAGAGGUCCUUCACAGUUUUUUUUGAGACCACUCUACAACCAUCAAGAUUAAUUGUCAGAUCCAACAGAAGAUCUCUUUGUUUCUUGGGACCUAGAACUAGCAUCUCUGUUUUGUCCGAGUUUAAAAGUAAACAAUUUGCCGCCAUCCACUUCCUUAUGUCUGAAACACAUGCUUCCAAGGUAGGCAAUUUUGGGGCUUCACCAUGUUUCAUCGAAAUGUGUGUCGUCCGCAUAGCAAUGAAAGUUAACAUUGUGUUUCCGAAUGACAUCACCAAGAGGUAAAAUAUAUAGUGAAAACAAUAGUGGUCCUAAAACGGAACCUUGAUGAACACCGAAACUUACAAUUGAUUUGUCAGAGGACAAACCAUCAACAGAGAGAACUGAUAUCUUUCCGACAGAUAAGAUCUAAACCAGACAAGAACUUGUCCGUGUAGACCAAUUAAGGUUUCCAAUCUCUCCAAAAGAAUGUGGUGAUCAAUGGUGUCAAAAGCAGCACUAAGGUCUAUGAGCACGAGGACAGAUGCAGAGCCUUGGUCUGAUGCCAUUAAAAGGUAAUUUACCACCUUCACGAGUGCAGUCUCAGUGCUAUGAUGGGGUCUAAAACCAGACUGAAGCGUUUCGUAUACAUUUUUUGUCUUCCGGAAGGAAGUGGGUUGCUGCACAACAGCUUUUUCUAAAAUGUAUGAGAGGAAUGGGAGAUUCGAUAUAGGCCGAUCGUUUUUUACAUUUUCUGGGUCAAGGUUUGGCUUUUUCAAGAGAGGCUUUAUUACUGCCACUUUUAGUGAGUUUGGUACACAUCCAGUAGAUAGGGAGCCAUUUAUUAUGUUCAACAUAGGAGGGCCAAGCACAGGAAGUAGCUCUUUCAGUAGUUUAGUUGGAAUAGGGUCCAGUAUGCAGCUUGAAGGUUUAGAGGCCAUGACUAUUUUCAUGAAUGUGUCAAGAGAUAUAGGAUUAAAAAACUUGAGUGUCUCCAUUGAUCCUAUGUCCUGGCAGUUUUGUGCAGACUCAGGACAGCUGAGCUUUGGAGAAAUACGCAGAUUCAAAGAGGAGUCCGUAAUUUGCUUUCUAAUGAUCAUGAUCUUUUCGUCGAAGAAGUUCAUGAAUUCAUCACUGCUGAAGUGAAAAGCAUCCUGUCUUGGGGAAUGCUGCUUUUUAGUUAGCUUUGCGACAGUAUUAAAUAGAAAUGUUGGAUUGUUCUUAUUCUCCUCAAUUAGGUUGGAAAAAUAGGAUGAUUGAGCAGCAGUGAGGGCUCUUCGAUAUUGCUCUGUACUUUCUUUCCAAGCUAGUAGGAAGACUUCCAGUUUGGUGGAGCACCAUUUCCGUUCCAAUUUUCUGGAGGCUUGCUUCAGGGCUCUGGUAUUUUCUGCAUACCAGGGAGCUAGUUUCUUGUGACAAAUGUUUUUAUUUUUAGGGGUGCGACUGCAUCUAGGGUAUUACGCAAGGUUAAAUUUAGUUCCUCAGUUAGGUCGUUAACUGAUUUCUGUACUCCGACGUCCUUGAGUAGGUGGAGGGAGUCUGGAAGGGCCUCUAGGAAUCUUUGGGUUGUCCGAGAAUUUAUAGCACGGCUUUUGAUGGUCCUUGGUUGGGGUCUGAGCAGAUUAUUUGUUGCGAUUGCAAGCGUAAUAAGAUGGUGGUCCGAUAGUCCAGGGUUAUGAGGAAAAACAUUUAGAUCCACAAUAUUUAUUCCACGGGACAAAACUAGAUCCAGGGUAUGACUGUGGCAAUGAGUAGGUCCGGAGACAUGUUGGACAAAACCGAUGAUGGCUCCGAAAGCCUUUUGGAGUGGGUCUGUGGACUUUUCCAUGUGAAUAUUAAAGUCACCAAAAAUGUGAAUAUUAUCUGCCAUGACUACAAGGUCCGAUAGGAAUUCAGGGAACUCAGUGAGGAACUCUGUCUACGGCCCAGGAGGCUUGUAAACAGUAGCUAUAAAAAGUGAUUGAGUAGGCUGCAUAGAUUUCAUGACUAGAAGCUCAAAAGACGAAAACGCAGUCAUUUUUGGGGUGGUAAAUUGACAUUUGCUAUCGUAAAUGUUAACAACACCUCCGCCUUUGCGGGAUGCCUGGGGGAUAUGGUCACUAGUGUAACCAGGAGGAGAGGCCUCAUUUAACACAGUAAAUUCAUCAGGCUUAAGCCAUGUUUCAGUCAGGCCAAUCACAUCAAGAUUAUGAUCAGUGAUUAGUUCAUUGACCAUAACUGCCUUGGAAGUGAGGGAUCUAACAUUAAGUAGCCCUAUUUUGAGAUGUGAGAUAUCACAUUCUCUUUCAAUAAUGACAGGAAUGGAGGAGGUCUUUAUUCCAGUGAGAUUGCUAAGGCAAACACCGCCAUGUUUAGUUUUGCUCAACCUAGAUCGAGGCACAGACACGGUCUCAAUGGGGAUAGCUGAGCUGACUACACUGACUGUGCUAGUGGCAGACUCCAUUAAGCUGGCAGGCUGGCUAAAAGCCUGCUGCCUGGCCUGCACCCUAUCUCAUUGUGGAGCUAGAGGAGUUAGAGCCCUGUCUAUAUUGGUAGAUAAGAUGAGAGCACCCCUCCAGCUAGGAUGGAGUCCGUCACUCCUCAGCAGGCCAGGCUUGGUCCUGUUUGUGGGUGAGUCCCAGAAAGAGAGCCAAUUAUCUACAAAUUCUAUCUUUUGGGAGGGGCAGAAAACAGUUUUCAACCAGCAAUUGAGUUGUGAGACUGCUGUAGAGCUCAUCACUCACCCUAAUUGGGAGGGAGCCAGAGACAAUUACUCAAUGCCGACACAUCUUUCUAGCUAAUUUACACGCUGAAGCUAUGUGUAGCUCAGCUAAUUUACACCCUGUGUAGCUCAGUUGGUAGAGCAUGGCGGUUGCAACGCCAGGGUUGUGGGUUCGAUUCCCACAGGGACUAGUAUGAAAAUGUAUGCACUCACUACUAUAAGUCGCUCUGGAUAAGAGCGUCGACUGAAAGUGGUCCUCUGUAGCUCAAUUGGUAGAGCAUGGCGCUUGUAACGCCAGGGUAGUGGGUUCGAUCCUCGGGACCACCCAUACGUAAAAAUGUAUGCACACAUGACUGAAGUCGCUUUGGAUAAAAGCGUCUGCUAAAUGGCAUAUUAUUAUAAUGUUGCUCUUGGUGACCUCUUGACUGUUUCAUCCUAACAUCGUUGGUGCCGACGUGGAUAACAAUAUCCCUCUACACUCGCCAGUUUUUGCCUUAGCCAGCACCAUCUUCAGAUUAGCCUUUACGUCGGUAGCCCUUCCCCCUGGUAAACAGUGUAUGAUCGCUGGAUGAUUCUUUUUAUGUCUCAAUUGUCUCAAGACUUAGAAAUACUUAUUUAACCUGUCUCCUCCCCUUCAUCUACACUGAUUGAAGUGGAUUUAACAAUAUGGAUGCUACCAGGGUUACGGAUAAUCCUGAAUGAAUAGUGAAUAAUGAUGAGUGAGAAAGUUACAGACGCAGAAAUAUCAUACCCCCCAAAAAAAUACUAACCUCCCCUGUUAUUGUAAUGUUGAGAGAUUUGCAUGUCUUUGGGGUGUGAUAUUUGUGUCUGUAACUUUCUCACUCAUCAUUAUUCACUAUUCAUUCAAGAUUAUCCAUAAUCAUGGUAGCAUCCACAUUACUGUAGAAGUGUUUAGAAACAUAUUCUAUUCUUAUUUAAAAUAAAAGUGACUCCAAAAUGACCCAAUACAUUAUUUACCAUUCAUUUCUGUUGGGCACAAAAUAAUCUGAAACACAACCAAAACAAACAGAAAAUGCAUCCAACAAAUUUGUUUACUCACAUGCUUGAUGUAGUCAUUGCGUGCUAUGAAUAUGGGACCAAAUACUUAACUUUUUACUACAUUAAUACAUAUACAGUGCAAUCGGAAAGUAUUCAGACACCUUGCUUUUUCCACAUUUUGUUACGUUACAGCCUUAUUCUAAAGUGGAUUAUGUUGUUUUUCCCCCCCUCAUCAAUCUACACACAAUACCCCAUAAUGACAAAUCAAAAACAGGUUUUUAGAAAUGUUUGCAAAUUUAUAAAAAUGUAAAACUGUAAUAUCAAAUUUACAUAAGUAUUCAGACCCUUUACUCAGUACUUUGUUGAAGCAUCUUUGGCAGCGAUUACAGCCUCUAUUCUUCUUGAUGCUACAAGCUUGGUACACCUGUAUUUGGGGAGUUUCUCCCAUACUUCUCUGCAGAUCCUCUCAAGCGCUGUCAGGUUGGAUGGGGAGCGUCGCUGCACAGCUAUUUUCAGGUCUCUCCAGAGAUGUUCGAUCGGGUUCAAGUCUGGGCUCUGGCUGGGCCACUCAAGGAUAUUCAGAGUCUUGUCCCGAAGCCACUCCUGCGUUGUCUUGGCUGUGUGCUUAGGGUCAUUGGCCUGUUGGAAUGUGAACAUUCGACCCAGUCUGAUGUCCUGAGCGCUCUGGAGCAGGUUUUCAUCAAGGAUCUCUCUGUACUUUGCUCCGUUCAACUUUCCCUCGAUCCUGUCUAGUCUCCCAGUCCCUGUCACUGAAAAACAUCCCCACAGCAUGAUGCUGCCACAACCAUGCAUCACCGUAGGGAUGGUACCAGGUUUCCUACAGACGUGACGCUUGGCAUUCAGGCCAAAGAGUUUAAUCUUGGUUUCAUCAGACCAGAGAAUCUUGUUUCUCAUGGUCUGAGAGUCCUUUAGGUGCCUUUUGGCAAACUCCAAGCGGGCUGUCAUGUGCCUUUUACUUAGGAGUGGCUUCCGUCUGGCCACUCUACCAUAAAGGCCUGAUUGAUAGAGUGCUGCAGAGAUGGUUGUCCUUCUGGAAGGUUCUCCCAUCUCCACAGAGGAACUCUGGAGCUCUGUCAGAGUGACCAUCGGGUUCUUGGUCACCUCCCUGAACAAGGCCCUUCUCCCCCGAUUGCUCAGUUUGGCCGGGCUGCCAGGUCUAGGAAGAGUCUUGGUGGUUCCAAACUUCUCCCAUUUAAGAAUGAUGGGGCCACUGUGUUCUUGGGGACUUUCAAUGCUGCAGACAUUUUUUGGUACCCUUCCCCAGAUCUGUGCCUUGACACAAUCCUGUCUCGGAGCUCUACGGACAAUUCCUUUGACCUCAUGGCUUGGUUUUUGCUCUGACAUGCACUGUCAACUGUGGGACCUUAUAUAGACAGGUGUGUGCCUUUCCAAAUCAUGUCCAAUCAAUUGAAUUUACCACAGGUGGACUCCAAUCAAGUUGUAGAAACAUCUCAAGGAUGAUAAAUGAAAACGGGAUGCACCUGAGCUCAAUUUGAGUCUCAUAGGAAAGGGUCUGAAUACUUAUGUAAAUAAGGUAUUUCUGUUUAGAAAAAAUUAUACAUUUGCAAAAAUUUCUAAAAACCUGUUUCCGCUUUGUCAUUAUGGGGUAUUGUGUGUAGAUUGAUAGGCGAAAUGUUUAUUUAAUCAAUUUUAGAAUAAGGCUGUAAUGCAACAAAAUGUGAAAAAAGGGUCUAAAUAUUUUUCGAGUGCACUGUAUAAGUGAAUUUGUCCCAAUACUUUCUGUGCCCUAAAAUGUACAGAAAGUGCUGUAAUUUCGAAACGGUUCACCCGAUAUGGAUGAAAAUACACUCAAAUUAAAGCAGUCUGCACUUGAACCGGAUAGACAUUGUUGGAUUUCAAAAAAAUAGAGUAUAGAGUAGAGUAUAGAGCCAAAAGAAGAAAAAAUGCUUCACUGCCCCAAUAAUUACGGAGGACCCUGUAUAUAUACAUAAAGAAUACAUAUAUAUACAGUGGCUUGCGAAAGUAUUCACCCCCCUUGGCAUUUUUCCUAUUUUUUACAACCUGGAAUUAAAAUGGAUUUUUUGGGGGGUUGCAUGAUUUGAUUUACACAACAUGCCUACCAUUUUGAAGAUGCAAAAUAUUUUUUAUUGUGAAACAAAAAAUAAAUAAGACAAAAAAAAGAAAACUUGAGCGUGCACAACUAUUCACCCCCCCAAGUCAACACUUUGUAGAGCCACCUUUUGCAGCAAUUACAGCUGCAAGUCUCUUGGGGUAUGUCUCUAUAAGCUUGGCACAUCUAGCCACUGGGAUUUUUGCCAAUUCUUCAAGGCAAAACUGCUACAGCUCCUUGAAGUUGGACGGGUUCUGCUGGUGUACUGCAAUCUUUAAGUCAUACCACAGAUUCUCAAUUGGAUUGAGGUCUGGGCUUUGACUAGGCCAUUCCAAGACAUUUAAAUGUUUCCCCUUACUCAAGUGUUGCUUUAGCAGUAUGCUUAGGGUCAUUGUCCUGCUGGAAGGUGAAGCUCCGUCCCAGUCUCAAAUCUCUGGAAGACUGAAACAGGUUUCCCUCAAGAAUUUCCCUAUAUUUAGUGCCAUCCAAUAUUCCUUCAAUUCUGACCAGUUUCCCAGUCCCUGCCGAUGAAAAACAUCCCCACAGCAUGAUGUUUCCAUGGGAUGGUGUUCUCGUGCUGAUGAGAGGUGUUGGGUUUACGCCAGACAUAGCAUUUUUCUUGAUGGCCAAAAAGCUCAAUUUUAGUGUCAUCUGACCAGAGUACCUUCUUCCAUAUGUUUGGGGAGUCUCCCACAUGCCUUUUGGCGAACCCCAAACGUAUUUGCUUAUUUCUUUCUUGAAGCAAUGGCUUUUUUCUGGCCACUCUUCCGUAAAGCCCAGCUGGUCCUAUGGACAGAUACUCCAAUCUGCGCUGUGGAGCUUUGCAGCUCCUUCAGGGUUAUCUUUGGUCUCUUUGUUGCCUCUCUGAUUAAUGCCCUCCUUGCCUGGUCCGUGAGUUUUGGUGGGCGGCCCUCUCUUGGCAGGUUUGUUGUGGUGCCAUAUUCUUUCAAUUUUUUUACAAUGGAUUUAAUGGUGCUCCGUGGGAUGUUCAAAGUUUCUGAUAUUUUUUUAUAACCCAACCCUGAUCUGUACUUCUCCACAACUUUGUCCCUGACCUGUUUGGAGAGCUCCUUGGUCUUCAUGGUGCCGCUUGCUUCGUGGUGCCCCUUGCUUAGUGGUGUUGCAGACUCUGGGGCCUUUCAGAACAGGUGUAUAUAUACUGAGAUCAUGUGACAGAUCAUGUGACACUUAGAUUGCACACAGGUGGACUUUAUUUAACUAAUUAUGUGACUUCUGAAGGUAAUUGGUUGCACCAGAUCUUAUUUAGGUGCUUCAUAGCAAAAGGGGUGAAUACAUAUGCACGCACCACUUUUCCAUUAUUUAUUUUUUUGAAUCUUUUGAAACAAGUAAUUUUUUUUCAUUUCACUUCACCAAUUUGGACUAUUUUGUCCAUUACAUGAAAUCCAAAUAAAAUUCCAUUUAAAUUACAGGUUGAAAUGCAACAAAAUAGGAAAAACGCCAAGGGGGAUGAAUACUUCUGCAAGGCACUGUAUAUAUAUAUAUAUAUAAAUAUAUAUAUAUAUAUAUAUAUAUAUAUAUAUAUAUAUAUAUAUAUAUAUAUAUAUAUAUAUACAAAUAUAUAUAUACAGUGCCUUGCGCAGAUUGGAGUAUCUGUCCAUAGGACCACUUUAAGCUGGGCUUUACGGAAGAGUGGCCAGAAAAAAGCCAUUGCUUCAAGAAAAAAAUAAGCAAAUACGUUUGGUGUUCGCCAAAAGGCAUGUGGGAGACUCCCCAACAUGGACUCUUAACAACGUGAUGAAACUUUGUUGCUCCUUGCUGAAAUGUAGCAUGUUCAUUCAAAUUAUGUUAACUGAUGUGGCUCAUGCAAUGGAAUGUUUUUUUUGUAAUGUCAGUUGAGUUGAAUCAACAAAUCACAGCACAUAUUGAUGGGUACACUUCCUGCUUUUACUUCCUGCUUUUACUUCCUGCUUUGCUCCUAUGGCCGAAGAUGGUGGAUAAAUUAAGAUAGUUCACUCAGGCUGUUUACCAUUUAAAAAAAAAACAAUGGUCAGUUCCUGUGCGCUUAAGGGGCUGGCUCUCCAGUGCAAUAGCAGCUGGGUAUGGUCUACUUUGUUCAUUGACUGUAAUGUAACCAGAAAAAUGAAGGAGUGGGGUGUCUCGCUUCCUCUUCCAUCUCUGCUAUGGGUACACUCACAAUGGCAGCCAGUCCACCCAUUAUGCCAUCAUUGACUAGAAUGGGGACGCCUGUUCUAUUCAUUCUAUUUAUAUGGCGGCACAUGCAGUCAGGAGCAGAGGAGAGGAGAAAAUGUUUGUCAGGAUUUAUAUAUGUAUUUUUUUGUUGUUGCUAUUCACACUGUUAUUAUGGUGACCACAUUCAUUUGGCUGGCCAAUUACCAUCGUCCAAAAUUCCAUGACCGUCACAGCCCAACUGCUAUAUGGAUUUUAUUAACGUUUCUGGAGUGAGUAAAAUAUUUAAUUGUUCUUCACACUGUGAGGUUGCAACGUUGUAUUUGUUUCAUUUAAUCAGUAGGACUACUGUGAGCUACUAUGUGUUCUUGGCUAGCGCUUUACGCCAGAUUGUUGUUAAGUAAACUAGAUACGUAGAUAAAACUGAAUUGAUUGAACCUUGUUCUCGCUCUUUGUCCUCCACAGAAAUCUUUCUCCUUGGUGUUAGAGGCUCUGGACCAUGACAACGAAACAUCAGAAUCAGGUAAGGCUGGAGAGGGAAUUUCCAUAUAAUGUGUGUGUGUGUGUGUGUGAGAGAGAAGAGAGAGAAUCAGAGAAAGAGACAGACAGACUAAAUUGCCUUCUUUCUUCGAGCACAGCCAGACUCUCAUACUUUCCCACACACGUUAAAGAAAAAUAAGCAGUGAUACAGACAGGGAGGGAGGGAGGGACAGAGUGCAUGUGGCCCCCUCCCCUUCCCAUUUGUGACCCAUGGUUAUGGUUCCUCCCUGUCCUCACUGGGUCCCCUUGCUCUCUUGAAAAGGACGCACAACCGGUAUGUGUGUCUGUUAUGAAUGUGUGUCAAUGUGCACUUGCAGGGGAGACCCAGUGUUUGUGCAUACAGGGUGGAUGUCGAUAGUGUGUGUGCGUGUGCGUGUGCGUGUGUGUGUGUGUGCGUGUGCAUGUACUUCUAAUUGUGCCUGUACGUGUGCUGGUGUGUGUGUGUGUGUGUGUCUGUGUGUGUGUGUAUCAGGGUCUCCCAGUCAGACCCUUUAAUUUCACACUCCGCUUCUUGUUUCUGCUCAAAGUCAGAGAUAGGGAAUGUGAGCAGCAUUCUCUAAAAACAGACAGAUAUAGACGACCCCCCCCCCCCCCCACACACACACACACACAUACACACACACACACACACACACACACACACACACACACACACACACACACACACACACACACACACACACACAGACAGACACACAUAAACAAAAAUGCACACGUCAAUACUCAUUACAUACACACUAAGACGCACAAACACAAAGAUGCACUUACCCUUCCUCAUUCCUCUCGUUCCCCAACCUUUCCCUUUCAUCCUCUCCCCCUGUCUCCCUUGUUCCGCUGCCCCCUCCUGCCCAGUAAAAGGCUGCAGACAGACUCAGCCAAAAGAUGAGUGGAGAGAUAAUGAGAGGCUGGGAACCAAACCACAGACCUCCUCCUCUUCCUCUUCCUCCUCCCUCUCUUUUUCCUCUUCCCCCCAUCUCUCUUUCCCUCUGCCCUCCAGCUCUAAUCGUACGUCUUGUUUGCGCCAUCCCUCGUUCUCCUGAGCUCCUGAAAUAUUCUCUCUUUUUACCACAUUAGGUUUAAAGCCCCUCUCCUGGCUCUCAGCUUAGCUCAGCUCAAACCCAAAGCAGACGUCCUAGAGCAGUCAGGGCCGAUUUACAGGCCUAUAGCUCUAAUCAGGAUGGAUUACAACACUGUAAUGUAGCUGUCUAACACAGAGCUACAGAGUCCUUGGACAGAGACGGACAACAUAUUGACAACGCUGUAAAACAUGAAUGACCUUAUCGACUCCCUGGAAUGGAGCUAGUUGUGUUCCCCGAUGAUUUUCUCUCUCUCUCUCUCUUUUUUAUGUGAACAAUACGUUUUUAUUGGUUCACAUGAAAGGCAAUACAAUCAAUAAAAAACAAUGCAACCCCCCCCCCCCCCCUUUUGAACAACCAACCACCCCCCACUCUCUCUUUCUCUCUGUCACUCUCACUUUCUCUCACUUUCUCUUUCUGUCUCUGUCUCUCUCUCUCUCUUUCUCUCUCUCUUCCUUUGUCUUUCUCCCCCUACCCUCUUUUAAUGUGUGUUUGGAGACACGUAUAAAGGUGUUUGUGUGUUGAUCUAUGGACUUGUGUCGGUCUAUUCAUGUGUCUUUCAAAUCAAUUGUGUCUUUCAAAUCACCUGUCCCCAGGUGAUUUGAAAGACACACACACACACACACACACACCGUCAAGGACAAACACUUCAGAUCCAAUACAGAACAGUGGAACACAAUCACAAGAGGAGAGAGAGAUUAGAUUCCCUCUCCUGCCCACUGAUAUAAUCCUUGUGUGUGUGUGUUCUCUUCCCCAUUGAGACCUCUCUUUCCGUCGGUUCCUGUCUUAACUGUGUCCCACUCAUCUCGGAACAGUCAUGCUGUAUACUCUCUCACACACUCUCUCUCUCUGACUCUGUCUCUCUGGUAGAGCACUUUACUGUGGGCGAUGAAAUUAGCUGUUGGACUCAUCAGAGGCGUAAAAGUAAUGAAAAACACAUGCUGCUGUAGCAGUACGUUCAAUAGCUUUAGCAAACCACACGCACACACACGCCCGCACGUGUGGACAAUGGGGGUGUAGCUGGGAUAACGAUACCCUUAGUGUCUGCUGUGUUCCCUCUCCCCUUCCAAACCCCCAGCCAAUAUGUGCCCCUGUUUUCAUUCUUUUGUUUCAAACCCAGAUGAUCUCAUCCCUCCAUCAGGAGUUUUGUUAUGUGUGUUAUUAGCCCGCCCGCUCGCCCUCCCUCCCUCCCUCCCUCCCUCCCUCUCUCUCUCUCUCUCUCUCUCUCUCUCUCUCUCUCUCUCUCUCUCUCUCUCUCUCUCUCUCUCUCUCUCUCAAAUGCUCUCUGUCUCUUCCUCUGACUUACAGGCCAGGCCCCCCAUUCUCUCUGUCUCUAUCUCUAGCUCCAUCUCCCCAUCUCUUAAAUACACAUUCACACAGUACACUGUUUCGCACUCACAUUCUCUGUCUCGCUCUCUCAUAGACACACAUUCUCUCUCUCUCCCUCACACACACACACACACACACACACACACACACACACACACACACACACACACACACACACACACACACACACACACACACACACACACACACACACACACAGUGCUUUGUGUGGGUUAAUACCCUGUCAGGGGGGAUUAUAACUGAGGUGGAGAUGACAGCCCCUCUGGGAAAUCCCCCCGGGGUCAGCAGCUCUCUCCCCAUGUCACCACCCAAACUCUGUGCCCCUCCUACCCUCUGUACCCUCUGCACCCUCAGCCUGUCCCCUGUCGACCACCUCUGCCCUCACCCUGUCCUCUCCUCCUCAUCAGUAGCUCUCACAACAUGUCACCACCAUGCAGGGUGGAGCGAGCCUCUGUCCCUUCUCUCUCUCUCUCUCUCUCUCUCUCAGGGCAGCCACACAAACCCUGUGCCCUUUAGCUUCUCGCUGUCUCUUCUCUACUGUCUUUCUCUCAGGGCAAAUCUAACUCUCUCUCUCUAUCUCUGUCUCCUCUCUCUAUAUAUCUCCCCCCCCCCCCUCUCUCUCUCUCUCUCUCUCUCUCUCUCUCUCUCUCUCUCUCUCUCUCUCUCUCUCUCUCUGUCUCUUUCUAUCUCUGUCUCUGUCUCUUUCUAUCUCUGUCCCUGUCUCGCUCUCUCCUUCAGGUCAGGCUGGUCUGAUUGAGCGUGUCCUCCUGUCCUCCAUGUUGAAUCCUGGCGAGCAGUGGCAGACGUACCGUCACCACGGACGCAUGCUCAGCCUGGAGUACCGCCUCCGGUACCGGUGUGACUCCAACUACUACGGCCCCUUCUGCAACAAGUUCUGCCGCCCCCGGGACGACUUCUUCGGACACUUUGACUGUGACCUCAGCGGCAUCAAGGUCUGCAAGGAGGGCUGGACUGGACUGGAGUGUCGAGAAGGUGAGUGAGGGCUACAUACAGUAGUGAAGAGGAAAUUCAGCAACUCUUAGAAGACAGUGGAAGUUGACAGAAAACGCUUAUUUAUUGAUGAGACCAACGUGUUUCGGGCUUAGCCUGCAUUAGGGUUUUAAUCUGUUGGACAUGGAGUCGUGUUAUAGACUACAGACAUAUUAGGGCCAGCACAAAUGAUUGGAUGGAAUCCAAGGGAUGGUUCCUCCUUGCUCGUGACUCGUGACUCUUUGUAUGUUAAUUCCUAUUGUUAGUACAUUAUGCCAAGGUAAUAACCAAGGUAAUAACCAUCAAGCCUGGAAAAUCCCCUUAACAUCUAAAAUGUCCUGACAGUUUAUUCAAAGUUUCAUUAUCUCCAUGAUUCCGGCUUGUGAGUCAUCAUUAAGACCUCACACUCUGACCUCUGACCUGAAGCAGCUGUGUUGCUGAGGUGAGACUAAAUCAAGGAAAUAAUGGCGGAAACCAUGGAGGAUAUGAGCCUGGAGUAAUGACAUCCUGUGGCCCUCCCUCCCGCUACCGCCCUCCUCUGGCUCAUCUCACUUCCUCCUCAGCAGGGUGCUGAUUGGACUGGAGAGAUACAGGACGUGAGACAUCAUUUGUUGAGAGACGUUAGUGAAGUUUGUCCCCAGAGAGACAUAGAGGGUGUAGAGUGUGGAGAGCACUGAAUGUUACCAUAAAUGGAACUACCCCACCUGACGUCAAUGAUGCUGUGUACUGUGGCGGUUAUGUUUGUUGUGUUUCUUUGAUGACAGGUUUGUUUUGUACUCUUGGUCGGUACGUAGUGACUGUGUUGAGUGGCAUCUGUAAUGUCUAUAGGUCCCCAGUGUCAGUGGACUGUCUCUGACCUGACAGACGGUGAUGUAAUGUUGUGUGUGUGUGUGUUGUGUUACAGCGGUGUGCAGACAGGGGUGUCACCAGAUCCAUGGCUCCUGCACUGUGCCUGGAGAAUGCAAGUGAGUCUGCUCCUCCCUGCUGUCGAAAAGAACAUUUGUUCUCAAAGACUUCCAUGUAUCUUAUCUGUAUAAAGCCUGCUAAACCAACAACCCCUCCCCCUCUCCCUCUCCCUCUGUGUUUGUAGGUGUCACUAUGGCUAUCAGGGUACUCUGUGUGACCAGUGUGUGACGUUCCCAGGCUGCGUCUAUGGGAGCUGCGUUGAACCCUGGCAGUGUGUGUGUGACGUCAACUGGGGAGGCCUGCUGUGUGACAAAGGUGAGUUUUGUGUUUGUGUAGCACUAACUUCUGUAUCAAGAAGAGUAGACUAUCGAUCAGAAGAAAGUCAUGCUUUGAGAGUUGCUUGUGCAUCAGUCUGUUUUCGUGUGUGUGAGUGUGUGCAUGCUUGCGUGUUUGAACGGGUGUGGUUCACAUCCUUGCCCAGGCACAGCCCCCUGAUCAUCUAUAUAAGAUAAGACAACUCCCUCUGGGCACUCUAGUAACUCUACAAUAACCCUAAAACACUUCCCACAACAUUACCGAAACAUUGUACAAACAUUUCCCCAACGUUGCCCCCCCCCCCCCCCGCCCUGUGUCCCAGUGUGGGAGCCCCUGGGAGCCACAUGAGGGGCCGGCAGCGAAGCAUUGUGAGGGGAAAGGCGAUAGCCUUGGGUAAAGUGAAUGUGAGCUGGGCUGGGUUGGGUCCUGCUUAGCUAGGUGGGGUCCUGAGCCUCUUCCUGUCCCUCCAUUCAAGUCAUCUGUAAAGAGGCUCAGUCACAAAGAGAGCUGAACAUGGCAGAGAGAGAGA